AUGGGAGACAACGAGCAGCUGAUUUCGGAGCUGGCUCCCGAAGCAUCAGCAAAAAAGCUACGGCAGCCACCCGCUGCCAAAGUUCCCUGGUGCUAUGCCAAUGGCUUUCUGCUCUUCUGGGGGCUUUUGUUCUUUGCUGUAGUCAUACCGCUUUUCAAUCGCCUGCCCACUGCUAAUACUAUGGAAGAUGCCAAGAAAAAUGUUUUCAUUGCUGAGCGUGCCUAUGCCAAUUUAUAUACCUUAUCUAAUUUGGGCAAUAAGAUGGUUGGCAGCAAGAUAAACGAAGUAGAUGCUCCGGCUACACCAUCUGCGGGAGAUGCUGGCUUUAUGGUUGCGGUUAUGCUGGAGGUACUGCGUGUGAUGUCAACUACCAGACAAGGAUUUGAGCAUCCCAUUGUUUUCUUAUUCAAUGGCGCGGAGGAAAUUGCCAUGCAAGCUGCUCAUGGCUUCAUAACACAGCAUAAAUGGGCUAAAAACUGCAAAGCGUUGGUGAAUGUUGACGCUGCUGGCAGUGGCGGACGUGAAAUACUCUUCCAAAGUGGACCUAACCAUGCUUGGCUUCUAAAGUACUACAAAAAAAAUGCUAAACAUCCUUUUGCAACAACUUUGGGUGAGGAAAUCUUUCAAUCUGGAGUUAUUCCAUCCGACUCAGACUUUAGCAUAUUUAAGAAGUAUAUGCCCGGUUUGGAUAUGGGGCAGAUCAAAAAUGGUUAUAUUUAUCAUACCAAGUAUGAUGUUAUUGAUGUCAUUCCGCGUGAAUCUCUUCAAAAUACUGGUGAUAACAUUUUAAGCAUUGUCCGGGGCUUGUCAAACGCCACUGAACUAUACGAUACACAGGCAACUGCAAACGGCCAAAACUUAAACUUUGCUGUUGCUGCUGUUGCUAUUAUGCUCAUCUUUAUUUCCAUGUGGCGCAUGGCUGCCAAGUCCGAAGUUUGUACUUCCUACGUGGCUCGUUGGUUUAUGCUUCUGCUGGUGCUGCAGCUCGUCAGCUUUGUGCUGGGUCUAGCAUUCCCUGUAGUUGUGGCUUAUGUCUUUGACAUGUUUGGUUUGUCUUUGACUUACUUCAGCACGCCUUGGCUCAUGAUUUGCUUAUACGUUUGCCCCUCAUUGCUUGGACUCUGCCUGCCGAUCACCAUCUACUUCUAUUUCCAGCGUUGUGGAAAGAUCAGCGCUGCUUAUCAUCUACAAUUGUCUCUACAUGCUCAAGCUGUCAUACUUGCUCUACUGAUGGGAGGCAUAACUUAUUUAGGUUUCCGUUCUGCUUAUAUCUUCAUGAUUCCUGUUUUGUGCUAUGUCUUGGCAUUAGCCUUUAAUCUGCUUACUACUUUCCAUGAUUGUGGUUAUGCGUGGUCCGCUGUGGUGAAGCUGCUCCAGGUUAUACCCUUUCUUUACUGCAGCUAUCUUAUCUACACAUUUGUCGUUGUGUUAACGCCCAUGCAAGGGCGCUCCUUUGACAAAUCGAAUCCAGAUUUGCUUAUUGCUGGAUUGGUAGCUGUGGGCACUGUGCUUUCAAUGGGAUUUGUGAUACCUUUGAUCAACACAUUCCGUCGUCCAAGUACAGUUAUCAUUACCCUGUUUGCCAUCAGCGCUGUGGGAAUGUAUUUGGCCAGCAGCACUCAAAUUGGUUUUCCCUAUCGCCCUAAAACUAGUGGACAACGUGUAUCUUAUUUGCAAGUACGCAAUAAGUUUUACGAAUACGAUGGAACACUCAGUAAAGAUGAGUCUGGAUAUCUGUUUAAUAUACUCGAUCGACGUCGUGAACGUCCCUGGAUAGGCACUAGGGUAAACCUGACUGGAUUGCAAAGCAUGAAAACUAGAUGUAAUGAGCAUAUGAUGUGUGGUAUGCCAUUAUUUGAUUAUCGAUAUGCUAUGAAUCGAGAAGCUUGUAAAUUUUUGCCUCGCGACAAGCCCAUUGAGCCCCCGGGCGAAGUCACAUUGACACUGCUGAACAAGACGCUAACUACGGCUACUACAAUGCGUUACUAUUUCAAUCUAACGGGUCCACACCAAAUGAGCAUAUUUGUGAAACCUUACGAGGAUGUCCGAUUGAGCAAUUGGUCCUUUUCGUUAGAAUAUUUGGAGAAGCCACCAGCAAAGCCCUUAGCCUAUCAUGUAUGGAUUAAUGUGGGCAUUGAUGAGCCCGUAGUGAUAUUUUCCUUUGAUAUAACGAAGUCUAAUGGUGACUUUAAUGUGCCUUGCUAUGAAUUCGGCGCCUCUGGACAUUGGAUUCAGAACGAAGGCGAUGAACUAAGUCAAAAGUUUGCUGCUUCAUUCCCAUCAUAUUCUAUAUUGGCUCAAUGGCCGUCCUUCUAUCAACGUUAUAUAUUCUAA